AUGGAUGACGAUUGUUAUGGAGCUAUCCUGGGAAUGUACACACUCAUGAGCAACAAGCAAUAUUAUGAUGCCCUGAACACCACUGGCAAGAUUGCCAACACAGAAGGCAUCAACAGUGUGGUGAAACCAGAUGUGUAUAAGGUCUAUCCCGAAGAGCCUCCUAAUGACACAGAUGUAGAGGACACUCUACACCUCAUCCAGAAAAACGACAGCAGGCUGAUGGAGGUCAACCUCAACAACAUCCAGGACAUUCCCAUCCCAACCCUGAAAGCGAUUUUUGAGGCUAUGGAGCGUAACACACAUGUGCUAAGCCUCAGCAUCGCUGGGACACGCAGUAAUGACCCCGUGGCCCAUGCUAUAGCUGAGAUGUUACAGUCCAACACUACCCUGCAGAGCCUCAACAUUGAGUCCAACUUCAUUACUGCCCAAGGCAUGAUGGCCAUCAUCAAGGCACUGAAGGAAAACUCUACCCUGACUGAGAUCAAGAUCGACAACCAAAGACAGAUACUAGGCGACUCAGUUGAGAUGGAGAUUGCAUCCAUGUUGGAGAACAACCCCAGCAUCAUAAAGAUUGGUUAUCACUUCACUCAGCAGGGCCCGCGUGCAAGAGCCGCGUUGGCCAUCACCAGAAACAAUGAUAUCCUUCGUCAACAGAGAGUAAGAUGAAAAGAGGAUGGAGUUUAGUUCAUUUAGGAGAUAUCAAAGUUCUCAUGUGCACUCUUGGAGUCCUACAGGCACUCCAGUAACAGCCAGGACAACCCCUACAGAUGACCCCGAUAUGCUUUUACCAUUCGCCAUCAGCCAUUGUGGAUAUUAUUAUCGCCAACUUGAUAAGACUUCAUUGCUUUUUGUGGAUUUCAUCAAAUCAAAAGUUCUGAUCUAAUAAAAUUGACCUGCUCCUUAAUACC